AUGGGUGAAAUAGACUACUCAAUGUCUACUGCAGGUAAUGUUUCCAACCAUGCUGACUCUACUAAAAUUGGGAAAAAAAGGGCUCGGCCUGCUGAGGGGAUUCCUAGUGAACUAUCAGAGAUAGCAAAAAAUCUUGGAUCAUUCAUUGAGAAUACUAAUACUACGAUGGUGGAGAUUGCUCAUAGGAUACGAUAUUCAUAUGACCUAUCCCAACAAAGGAGGUUGGUUAGUGCAGAACUUCUAAAGUUGCCAAUGAGUAAUACCCAAAGAUUGAUGGCAGCAUCUAUGAUAGUGAAAGAUGAAGACAAAGUUGGCUUGUUCUUCAGUUUAGAUGAGAAUGACAAUAUGAAAUGGUGUGGGUGCUCUUUAAUGUUGUUGGAUUGGGGCAUGUUGGAGGAUGCAGGCUAUGCUGUUGGUGCUAGGGUGUUGGAACUUCUUUUCCAUCAGGAAAAGGUUAAUCCCCACAGUCAUCAGCUAAAGUUGUGCGAUUUUGGGAGUGCAAAGAUGUUGGUGCCUGGUGAACCCAACAUAUCAUAUAUUUGCCCACGGUAUUAUAGGGCUCCAGAAUUGAUAUUUGGGGCUACAGAGUACACAACUGCAAUUGACAUGUGGUCUGCUGGUUGUGUUUUAGCCGAGCUACUUCUAGGCCAGCCUCUGUUUCCUGGAGAAAGUGGGGUUGAUCAGCUAGUGGAAAUAAUUAAGGUAUUGGGGACACCAACCAGAGAGGAAAUUAGAUGCAUGAAUCCAAAUUACAUGGAGUUCAAAUUUCCUCAGAUCAAAGCACACCCAUGGCACAAGGUUUUUAACAAGCGAAUGCUAGCCGAAGCUGUGGAUCUUGUGUCGAGGCUGCUCCAAUAUUCACCAAAUCUACGUUGCACUGUUUCGGAGGCAUGUGCACAUCCUUUCUUUGAUGAUUUGAGGGAACCAACCACAAGCUUGCCAAAUGGGAGACCGGUCCCUUCUCUCUUCAAUUUCACGCCUCAAGAGCUGGCUAGGGCAUCGCCUGAAUUGCGUCAACGUCUUAUUCCCGAGCAUGUAAGGAAAGAAAACUUGUUUCUCAAC